GCACUAAGUAGGGUUAGGGUAAUUAGCUACAUGCUAGCACUAAGUAGGGUAUCAAUGGGUGCCUUCUUUAGACUAUAUGAUACACUGCAGGUUUAAUAGACAGUCAUUUGGUAUUUUGUGGGGUAUGGAAGGAAAUCGCGUACCAAAACAACAACAACAAAAAAACCAAAACAAAGGGAAGUGUGUAGUGUGUAGUGUGCAGUGUGCGGUUUGGGACGCGGCCGUGUUUGUUCAGAGCAGGUGGGCGAAGAUAGAAAACAAGCCGCCGGUGAUCCCUGAGAAAGAGAGAGAGAGAGAUAGAGAGAGAGAGAGAGAGAUUAAACAUUUUAAAGCAGAGUUUUGUAACUUCUUUGCCGCUUUGUUUGUGUUGUUGUUUGUUGUUUUGUUGUUGUUGUUUUUAAGUGCAACGCGAUGAGGAGAGUUCACCCGGACAGUUUAUUAUGAACACGCCUCGACGACUUGACUCUGUGUGUUUCUGACCUGUUUUUAUUUACUCACUUAUUUAUUUAUUUUCUGACCCAUGGAGAGCGUCGGAAAAUUCGAGUUCAACAGGAAAGACCUGAUAGGACACGGUGCCUUCGCGGUGGUGUUUAAAGGAAGACACAAAGAGAGACACGAGUCUGAAGUUGCCGUGAAGUGCAUAAAUAAGAAGAAUUUGUCCAAGUCGCAGUCUCUCCUAGGGAAAGAGAUCAAAAUAUUAAAGGAGCUGAAACAUGAAAACAUCGUGGGUUUACUGGAUUUUCAGGAAAUCUCCGGUUGUGUCUACCUUGUCAUGGAGUACUGCAACGGUGGAGAUCUGGCGGAGUAUCUGCACUCCAAAGGCUCUCUGAGUGAGGACACCAUCCGGAGCUUCCUGCAGCAGAUAGCGGGCGCCAUGAGCGUCCUGCGGAGUAAAGGCAUCGUCCACAGGGACCUGAAGCCGCAGAACAUCCUCCUGUCCUACGCCGCAGGGCGCAGAGUCACGCCCAACAACAUCUGCAUCAAACUGGCGGACUUUGGCUUUGCGCGGUACCUGCAGGGGAACACGAUGGCCGCUACACUCUGUGGUUCUCCCAUGUACAUGGCUCCUGAGGUCAUCAUGUCACAGAAUUAUGACGCCAAAGCUGACCUGUGGAGCAUGGGCACCAUCGUCUUCCAGUGUCUGACUGGCAAAGCUCCAUUUCAGGCGAGUAGUCCUCAGGAGCUGCGGCUGUUCUACGAGAGGAACCGGAAGCUCAAUCCAAACAUCCCCCGGGAAACCUCCAGUCACCUGAGGCACCUGCUUCUCGGCCUGCUACAGAGGAAUCACAGAGACCGCAUGGAUUUCGAUGAGUUUUUUCAUCAUCCUUUUUUGGACGCGAGCACCGUCCCGAGAAAAUCCUCUCCGGUGCCCAUGCCAUCGUACCCCAGCUCAAGAUCGGGAAGCUCCAGCAGCGGCUCCUCAACCUCCAACCUCACUCCCACACAGUCGGACACUGAAACCCGGAGGCCACACCCACUACACAAAGCCACACCUCCUUCCUGCUCCCAGCUGAAGGACUCCUCUUCCUCAGAGACAGAGGACUUCGUCAUGGUGCUAGCAGAGUUCCCCAAUGAGACGGCAGAGCAGGACCAUCAGGAAGUAGGGAUACAGAGCGGGUGUUCGCUGUUGAGUCCCGGUACCUUUUCGGGACGGACGAGUCCGUCUCUAUGUAUAUCUCCAAGCCCUACCAGACCUUCGGAGUGCUGUGGUAGUAGUUACAGCCAAUCCGUGCCCGUUCCCGUGCCUACACAAAUCCACAACUACCAAAGGAUGGAGCAGAACCUGCAGGGAGCAUCGAGGACUGCAAUACCCACAAGUCAUUGCUACAUGAGCGGGUUCCCCAAAGGCUCUCUUAGUCCAUCUCAUCGUAGACUGUCUACAGGGGGGUCCAGACCUCAUCAACCAUCUCCCAAAGUGGGAACGAUACCCGAGACCCCUGACCAAUCAGAGCCGCAGUGCAGCAGGACGGGACUUCAGGACGUGCACGUCCGUCCGCAGAAUCGGGUCUUCCCUCUUUUCUACGACGUCGGUGCCAUGGAACCGACUUUGACAGCUAGAAGAGGGAGCCACCAGCACAGUCCAGAUGCAGUAGUACACAGGUGGGAGCUGAGUAGACCGGCGAGCCUUCCCAGCACUCUGAGCCACACCAGGACCAUGCCCGACCUCCAGGAACCCCGCGUGACCCCCGUCAACACGACGCAGACGAGGAGAGGCUCUGUGAAAAGGUCCGGUAGCGCGGGCCGGUUGCCCGAUAUGCUGCUGAAAGCCGUGUUUGGAUCUCAGCUGGACAGGGGCAGCCGUGACGGGCUGAAUAUAGAGAGACCCAUGGACACUACAGCGCCCCCUGGUGGAAUCGUUUGUGCGGAGAAAGGCUUAGGAAGCCCCGGUCGUGUCUCCUUCACUAUAGGUACCCCUCCCGACGGACACGCUCCUCCUUCGUCCGCUACGCGCAGACACGUCUCAGUGUCGUCGUGCAGUCCUGGCUGGACGUGCGGUCCCUACGCCAAGUCCCACAACUCGGCGGAAAGACAUUGCUGCGGUUUCACAGACGUCACGGCUUCCGAUCUGCACAGGGACGCUGCCUUCGUGCCUCCCGAGCUCGCGGCGGAGACGCUGAUGGAGGCAUUCGAGAACAUGGCGGACCCCCCGGCCGAGCUUCACAGACCGCAUUUCACAUUCCCUAGUCAGGAUCACACGGACAUGCUCACCCAGCUGCGCUUCACUCUGGCUUUCACGCACUGCGUGACGGACGUGGCCGCAGCAAAGGACGCCGGGCUCGAGAGGAGCGAGACGUCCGACGCCUCCUUCCUGGAGCCGAGUCAGGUGGCCGACCAGAUAAGCCAGCUGAGCCGAGAGUGGAGUUGUGCAGAGCAGUUGGUCCUGUAUAUGAAGUGCGCGGAGCUCUUGUCCACCGCCUUACACACAGCGAAGGAGGCGAUUAAACAGGGCAAACUCUAUCCAUCUGCUGCUGUUAAACAGGUGGUGCGUAAGCUGAAUGAGCUGUAUAAGGAGUGUGUGAUAUCCUCUCGCUCUCUCACGGCGAGGCUUCAGCUCUUCUUCAGCACCAAACAGAGGCUGAUGGACCGCAUGAACAACAUCACCGCUGAGAGAAUCAUCUACUCUCACACCGUCCAGAUGGUGCAGGCUGCGGCUCUGGACGAGAUGUUCCACCAGGGCGAGGCCUCUGUGCAGCGCUACCACAAAGCCUUGCUGCUGAUGGAAGGCCUGUCCUUAAUCAUUACCGAGAGCUCCGACCUCAACAACAUCAACAAGUGUAAGCAGUGUAUCGUGCGGCGUCUCUCCUCCCUGCCACCGGGAUCGUGUGCGUGAUCACACGCCACGGAGGCUCGCCGUUUCCUCCGAGCCUCACAUUUCCUCCGAUGCCAAAUGAAUCUUCAUCCCUCAUCCACAUGGUCCGAUCAUGAUCUUCUAAAUAUGCUUCAGUCCCGUCGUCCCUCUUGUAUCUCGUUAAGUUAAUAUGACUGAAGAAAGACUUUCCAGUGGCAGGAAACAGAACUCUUAUGAAGCUCUGACACUGGAGACUCCUUCCGUGAAUCACAGGAACCAUAUCAAUGACUAUAAUUAACGAUAAUCGGUUUAUUAUCGGUCUCCGUUUAUCCGGAGGCAUGUUGUUACGGAAGAGCCGCGGUUAUGGAAGACGAAUCGACACACCUUCUGACCAAUCAGAACUGAGAGCCAAUUGAGCGGUAUAAAUUGGAUUAAAAGCCGGUUUAAGGGUCUUACAGCGUUAGAAACGUGUGCGAAUUAAUUCCUCGGUCGUCUGGCAGAACACUGAUCCACUUCAGCAUUAGCAGUGACCUCGGCUACGAUUCAUUACCCCGAAUCGACUCGUCCCGUUCCGUUCCGACUCACGAUUCUUUAUCAGACGGACUGUGUGUUUUUUCUGUCUCUAACUCGAAUCUUUUGACGUUUUACGCCCUAAAGCAUGGCCUUCCUCGCAUGAACGGAAAACUCAAAAGGAAGCGUGUUAUUAUUAUUAUUAUUAUUAUUAUUAUUAUGGUUGCAGUCGAAGUCUACGCAGCCGUGCUAGGCUUGAUCUGAGAAGGUCAGACGGGUCGCGUGGUGUCAGUGAUACACAGAACAGGUUCAAAUGCUAUACAAGUGACAGACCAAGCGAAAGCAUUCUCUCUGACCUUUGACUUGCCGUGUGAUCCUUUAAACUCUGAUAUUUAUUGCGAGAACCGUAUGAAUCAGCUACUGUACCUGUAUUAUUUACAACUGUCUUUACGAUGAAGCACUUUAUGAGCGAGAACGCUACCCGGAUGCCUAAACGAGUCUACUGUAGAGGAGCUGACCUCCUUGCUCGCCUGGAUAGCUUUCACUUAAUUUAUUCUGUCGUAUGUAUUACAGCACCUUUUUAAAAAAAAAUAAAAAUAAAAAAUGCACACGACUCACAUGGAUCAAGUAUUCUAACUGUUGAAAAGUUAGAGAUGACAAUUUUUUCUGAGUUUUUUUUUUUUUUUUGUAUUGCCAGAUUUUUUUGUUGUUGUUUUUUAACAUGUUAGACAACGGCCUUAUGUAUGCACACAAAAUGCACACGAGCACCUGUUGUGUGUGUCUGUGUGUGUGUAUAUAUAUAAAUGAUGUUUGUGAAGUUUGAAUGCUUGUCUUUUUUUCUUUAUUUUUCCAAAAGCCAAGGUUUGUAAUGUUUGUAGUUUUGUGUGAUGAUCAAAAAUAAAAGUUUGGUCCUAUUUUUA